AUGGCCAAGAAGCGGAUAGCUGUGAUUGGAGCUGGGACCAGCGGCCUGGGAGCCAUCAAGUGCUGCUUGGAUGAAGACCUGGAGCCCACCUGCUUUGAGAGAAGUGAUGACAUUGGAGGCCUGUGGAAAUUUCAAAAGAACCCUUCAGAAAAAAUGCCUAGUAUCUACAGAUCUGUGACCAUCAACACUUCAAAGGAGAUGAUGUGCUUCAGUGAUUUUCCCGUCCCUGACCACUUUCCCAACUACAUGCACAACUGUAAACUCAUGGACUACUUCAGGAUGUAUGCUGAGCGUUUCAAUCUUCUGGAUUACAUUCGAUUUAAGACCACAGUGAGGAGCGUGAGAAAGCGUCCAGACUUCGUCGAGCAUGGACAAUGGGAUGUUGUUGUGGAGACAGAUGGGAAACAGGAGAGCCUGGUCUUUGAUGGGAUUUUGGUCUGCAGUGGCCAUCACACAGACCCCCAUCUGCCACUCAAGUCUUUCCCAGGUAUUGAGAAGUUUGAAGGCCAUUAUUUCCACAGCCGGGAAUACAAAAAUCCCGAGGAAUACGUAGGAAAGAGAAUCAUAGUGGUUGGCAUUGGGAAUUCUGGUGUGGAUAUAGCUGUGGAGCUCAGCUGUGUAGCAAAACAGGUGUUCCUCAGCACCAGGCGAGGAGCAUGGAUUUUACACCGUGUUUGGAAUAAUGGCUACCCCAUGGAUAGUUCGUUUUUCACUCGGUUCCAUAGCUUUCUCCAGAAGAUAUUAACUACAGAAGCAGUAAAUAAGUACCUAGAAAAGACACUGAACUCAAGAUUCAACCAUGCGCAUUAUGGUCUGCAGCCACAGCACAGGCCACUGAGUCAGCAUCCCACCAUCAGUGAUAACCUUCCAAAUCACAUCAUUUCUGGAAAAGUCCAAGUGAAGCCUAACGUGAAGGAGUUCACGGGAACAGAUGUUGUUUUUGAUGAUGGCACGGUGGAGGAGAAUAUUGAUGUUGUCAUCUUUGCCACGGGAUACAGCUUUUCUUUUCCAUUCCUGGAGGAUCUGAUUGCAGUUACUGACAAUGAGGUGUCCCUGUAUAAGCUGAUGUUCCCGCUAGACCUGGAGAAGCCAACUCUGGCUGUCAUCGGACUCAUCCAGCCCUUGGGUAUCAUCCUACCGAUUGCAGAACUUCAGUCUCGCUGGGCUGUGCGGGUGUUGAAAGGACUGAGCAAAUUACCCUCAGUAAAGGCCAUGAAGGAAGAAGUGGAGCAAAGGAAAAAGGCCAUGGAGAAACGGUAUGUGAAGACAGCCAGGCACACAAUCCAAGUGGACCAUAUUGAGUACAUGGAUGAGAUUGCCUCUCUGGCUGGGGUGAAGCCCAACCUCCUGUUGCUGUUUCUCUCGGAUCCAACGCUAGCCAUGGAAGUCUUUUUUGGGCCCUGUACCCCAUACCAAUACCGUUUGCAAGGCCCAGGGAAAUGGGAUGGGGCCCGGAAAGCCAUCAUGACUCAGAGAGAGCGAAUCAUCAAGCCCUUGAAGACCCGAAUUACUAGUGAGAAGAGUCAUUCUGCCCCAGGUCUCUUUUGGAUAAAGAUGGCACUAUUUGGCCUGGUAUCUCUGGUUACAAGUUUAUCAUACUAUAGUUAUAUUUGUCAUGAUAGACACAGAUGA